GGCAAGUGAAGCCACAGACUAAGUAAGGGCAAGAAGUAUGGGCAAAGUGAAGUCAGAGCCUAGUAAGGGCAAGACGUCACCAAGCCCCGCCCACUGAAGGGCAAGCUGUCAUCAAUCCCCUCCCACGGAAGGGCAUGACAUCACCACAGUAGGGAGGAGUUGUAAACCCUCCAGAGAACAUGCCCAGGCAUGCCCAGAGCCUCCUGUACCAUGAGCCCUACCCACCUGACAUGUGAGGACCAAUAGGAAGGAGUUCCCACCCUGCGUGUCAUUGUGCUCUUAUUGGUUGAUAAGGGAUACUGGUGGAUAUAAGUAGCAUGCUCAGGUGUAGGUUCCUGCAGAAGGGACCAUUGUACAGUUUUGCAGAGAGAAUGUCUGAUUUUGAGACACCCUCACGCCCCACGACCCUACCUUUACCGAUGGCACCUGUGAAGCCUAGAAGGGGUCGUUCCAAAUAUGGUUUAAUGAGGAGCCUCUCCUACUCUCCACCCUCGAGCCUGAAAAAUGGACAAGAUCUGGACUCCUGUGCCACUCCUGAAGGUGUAACUGUGGAAACGGAGAACAGAGAUCCUCAAGAAGUAGAGUGGGAAUCUGAGAGCCGUGAACAACCAGGAACAGCCCUAAAGCAGAGAAACGUGAGUUCCUCAUCAUCAUCAGAUUCUGAAACAGAAGCUCCUGUGAAACCAAAGCUGCGUAGGAAAAAAGAAUGGGUUAGGAGCAGACCCCACUUUGAUUGGUGUGAUGAGCAAUGUUGUGAUAGUUCAUGUGGGGAGUAUACAUAUUCUGAUGAGUGUGGGUGCGGAUCUGAGCAGUGGUCAUCCAGGCCAAGGGUAUCCUAUUGUGUGCUCAAAUGCUGCAGUUCGAGCGAAGAUUGGUCAUCAUGUGAAUGUGAGACGCCGAGUCCUAGCCAGAAUCAUUACUCUUAUUGUAGGGCUGUGUGUUUCACAUCAGCAUCUGAGAGUGAGGAGGAUGUCACUGAUGGAUGUGUACUUACAAUACCUGCAGAGAAAACAGCAGCUGAGGAGCAGGACGAAUCGGUUGAAGAACCAUCUAUGGGAACUGGACCCCGAGAGUCUGAAGAGGCGAUUGUGGAACCUGAGGGGAGAGAACCAGUACCCCCCAAUCCCAGAAACGCCUCAGGAGUACCAGUGUGCCGAUCAGCGUUGUUGGAUGUGCGACGAUUGUGAGACACCAUGGCCAUCCAGCCCUACAGAGGCUUACUUAAGGGAUGUAAGCGUUACAUCAGCAGCCGAAGGUGAGGAGGAAUGUAUGGAUAGUGGUAUGGUUACCAAGGCCAUGCCUGAAGAGCUAAAUGAAAAUGUGGAGGUUCCCAAGAUGGUGAGCCACAUGCCUUUUAUUGUGUAUGAUUAGUUUGUUUUACUUAAUGCCCUGUUUUAUUAAAGUGUUGUCCCCUCUUAUUUGUACAGGCCAGGAACUUUGAGAACAUGCAUCUUGGCGAUGUCAACCUUUCCUGUAUCACAUGUG